AUGGAUUCGCCCGCCGCUCUCCCUUCAGUUGUUACUGUGACCCUUGCAGGGCUAGAGCUCUCGGUACUCCUGUCUACAUUCCUCUACGCCAUCACUUCCUGCCAGGUAUUUGUGUAUUGGCGCAGCAAGUUCCACGACCGGCCCUUCAUUCGUUAUCUUGUAGUCUGGAUAUGGAUUAUAGAAACAUCACACACUGCCGCGUUCUGUAUGUAUCUUUACAGGCUGACAGUGACAUACUUCGGCAACUUGGAGGAAAUCGGUUCAAGGCACUGGUCCGUCGAUGCAUCUGUGCUCUUGCACAGUAUAAUUAGUGCGACUGUUCAAUCCUAUUAUGCCUACCGAAUUUAUGUGCUAUCGGGAAGACGAACCAUAAGUAUUAUAUCGUGGAGUAUCGCAGUACUGGAGGUACUUGGUGGUAUCGCUAUCACUGUCCUUCUCAGGGUUGGCCCGGUCGCGUAUCCUCCAGCCAUGUUCAAGACAACAACCGCUAUCAUGUCGUUGGAUGUCACUAUAAAUGUUCUCAAUACUUCUGCUCUCUGCUACUAUCUACACAGAAAGCGAAGUGGAAUCAAGAGGUGA